AUGGGCCGAUUCGAAACCCUCAACGAUGACACCAAGGACCUGGUGAAUUGUCUUCUCCCCGCCCUGGCAACUUCCUUCGGUCUCACUGACAGUCUGGAUAUCAUCCCCGAGGACAUUCGCAUGCGCGCCUGGGAUUGCGAGCGCCGCGACCAUAUCAAGGACGAGACCGAGAACGACCCUCGCAACUGGGGUGUACAGUUCCUCAAAGAUCUGAUGUCUAUUUCUCGUCUCACGAAUGGAGACCUAGCUCGGUUCCAAGCUGAUCUGCGUGCCAAGGUCGAUCUUCAUGAGCCCAAGCAUCCCUGGGCUCGUCUGGCCGAUAUCAGAGACAUCAAGGAUGAGUACGAGCACCCAGAGCGCAAGAAUCAAGUCGUCAUCCCGGAGUCCUCUGAAGAAUCUUCCGAUGACUCCUACUUCGAAGAGCUUGUCGAGCCAGAUCAACCCAAGGGCGCUAAGAGGCGUCGUGGUAACCACGAGAUCUACGAAGCACGCGUUCUAGAGAAGCGCCGCAAACGUGCUCCUAACCGUCUCCGCCGUGCCGAGGAUGGUGGCUUCGAGCGUCACGACAAGCGGGCCAAGAAGCGUGAGCGCUCUGUCCGCACCAGCACCACUCCCAGUGGUCGCGGAAUCGCUACUCGCCGCGCUAGAACCAUCGUAACCGAAGACGACGAAGACUAUACUAGCUCUCCCGGUACCCAAUCCCUCACCCACCGGACUCCCGCCUUCUCCGUCUCUCCAGGUCCCCAAGAUGCGCGCAUGUACCCUGUCGAGACUGUGGAUACCGUGGAUACAUCUGGUCAGCCUCUUGCUGUCCAAAAGAUGCAGGCUGAGUUGGAAGUUGCCGAGGCGGAGCUCAAGGCUGCUCGUGUAAGGUGGCAGUACCUCCAGGCCAAGGAGCAGGCUGAGCAGGAAGCUAUGUAUGGUGGUAACGGUACUCCGGAGAUGCCUCACAGGUUCGAUUAA